AUGGCCCGAACGCUUGAUUUGAUCCCCUGGCCUCAAGAUGCUAGUCCUGUCUAUGCUGCCCCAGCGGUUCUAAUCCCACUGGAGCCCAAACGAGUCAUGCUGGCUGGAGUGAAGGACCACAUCUACCACCCCUUCUUGCCAACGUUAAGGCGAAUGGAUAUGGACACCAUGGCAAACAGACUCACGGAUGAGCAUUCCAGGACAGCAACUACUUGCUCCAAAGAGGAUUUUGAAAAUGCAACAUUUACCUUGGCUGGAGUGCCCAACCAGCACCUCCCAUCCCUGGGGAUGACAGAGUUGGGCAAGUCGCUGACGGCAAAGUACAGAGCUGGGAAGAUGGCCCCUCUCAUGCCCAGCACCAAUCAGGAGGAAUGGCCCAGCUAUACCCGGGCCAUGGACGACUGGUCUCGCUUCAUCUCCACAGCAGGAGAGUUCAAACUACCCAGCUUUAACCAGAAAGUUCUUGGGUUCAGCUGUUAUGCGGUGCGGUACUUAAAACCCGACGUCACACAGACCUGGCGGUAUUGCCUCAAUCAAAACCCAAGCUUGGAUAAAUAUGGACCAAAGCCCAUCCCUUACAACACUGUCAAUACAUACAGGAGCUUUGGAUCAGCACACAGCCGCUCUCACUAUCUCCAGCCUUGGCGCUAGGAAGCAGGCCGCAGAAAGGGGUGCCAAGAGCUCC